UCUUUUUCUUUUUUUGGGAAUAAGAAGAAGAUUUGUUUUAUUUUAACUUUAGUUGAAUAAAUGCAAAGAUAGAGUCUGUAUAAUCUCUGAUAUUUGAUAUAUACUUAUAUUUUAACCUAUAUUUGUGCGUUUUCUCUUCGGUUUUUCAAGCUUGUUGUUGUGCUUAGUAACACACUCGGUACUCGCAUACAGAGCUCAGUGUAAUAUUAACGUUAGGCAGUGUUUACUUUCAGCUAAAGUGGGCGGUUUGUAAUGAGCUGAAGUUCAUGGGCAUAGAAUUAUUACCAAUUCACUAUUAACUUCCUACUCAAUUAAAUAAUAGUUAACACUAGUAAUAAUGUUUAUUUCAACUAGCUAACUCUUCAAUAAUAGAUAUUUUUGCACGUACAGAAGGCCUAAGAAGUUAACCCUGGAUCAUGAAAUCAAGAAAUUCUUCUUUUAGUGAGGCUGUUUUCACCAAAAAGAAUCCCUUUCCUCGUGAACCCCGGCGAGCUAAAAGCCAUUACAGUCCGUCUAGAGCUAAGAAGAUCCCCAAACAGCAGAAAAAGCUGGCACUGAGCCCUGUCCGGUUUACACAGUCAGCCAGUCCUCCAGAGUCUCCUCCUCACACUGCUUCUCUUAUCCCAGAGGACCAGCGCUUCCUUGAAGGCUCGCACCAUGUCCUUCUCUGUCCUCCUCCAUCUGUAACAGGGCAGCAGAUCUUCUCUGAAUCCUGGCCCUCUACCGAUCAGAGUUCUUCUCCUUCCAGCACUGAUGUUCAACAUCCAUGUCCACAACACGCACUGACCAGUCAAAUGCAGGAGCCUUCAGUACUGGCAAAGUACAUUGAGCGUUUCCGUUAUGGAAGGCCACAAAGUCGUGGAGAGAGACAGAAGUUGGCAGUCGAUGGAGCAAAUGAUCAGCCAUUUUGGUGGAUGUCCUCAAAUCCUUCACAGCCAUCCAGCUCGACUCCAACUCGGACAUCUAAGGAAUACUUUGGAGGAUCAUUUGAGUGUAGAAAUGAUGGCACAGGCAGCGUGCAAGACCUGCUCAGACAUCAAGCAGACACUUCGCUUUCUCCCACUAGAGGCUUGCUUGACUCGAGUGCGCUUGCCUUAUCUGAUUCCUCACACUGUGAGCAAGGAGAGCCAGAAAUCCUUCAGCUUCAGGAGAGAGCCAGAAGACUUCUGCAGAGGAGUGAGCACUCACUGAGCAGUGGCUCCAGCAGCGUUCUCAUCAGCUCUGAAGGCCUGGGCUGCUCUGACUUCUCCUCUCCGGUUAGUGUUGAUGAGCCGAUCCGAAAGCCCACAGUUCCCAGCUUGAUAGAUACAGCCAAAUUGAUAACACCCAAAUCCUUACUUCCUGCUGCCACUGCAAGGUUGGGGUCACAACCUCGGACUGAGGAUGACAUCUUGUUUCAGUGGCGCUUGAGGAGAAAGAUGGAACAAGCCAGACAAUGGAGUCACACCUCCUACCAUAGUUCAGCUCUUCAUCAGCCCUUACUGAGCAGGCUAGCAUUGCAACCUGGACUCCCUUUUACAUCCGCACCCAUAGAGGCGACUGGCAGCGUAAGCACCCCUACCUCCUGUCCGGUCCCUGAACCAGUGCCGUCCUCAGCCAUCCAAGUCCACCCUGCAUCCAGCAUAAACACCAAGGUUGAGUCCAUCACUCAGAGCCACUUGAUUUCAGUUCCUCCGUGUGACAGAGAGAAGGGCCCUAAGCAGCCUCAGACAGCCCAUUCCUUCCCUCAGCCCUGUCUCAGAGGACAGAUCUGCUCUUCAGAGAGCUCACAUGAACUGUGCAGUAAGCAGCAGUAUUCCUCUUCUCCAUCUCCAUCUCCACAACCUGCUGAGAGCUCAGAGACAGAUGGCUGCCAGGGACGAGGGGGCAUGCAGACCAACAGUAGAGUGGAGGGGGAACGGGGCAAGAAAAAUUCAGUGCCAUUUACCCGAAAGAAGAAAUCAGACAGGUAUGUGAGGGACGGAGAUGUGGUUGAGAGAAAUCGGCACAUUGUCAAGGCCAGAGACGCUCACGCUAGGGGUCAACAAAAGGUUCGCUCUGAAAACAAAGAGAAUGCAGGACACAGAAAGAGUCAGAGAUCAACACAAGGCGUUCGUCCACGAGAUUCACCCUCACCGAUACACAACGCUCUCGGCCAGGUUGUUUCCGAGGUGUUGUUUCUCGGUGCUGAUUCACCAGUCCAACCUAGCACCCCACGCUCCUCCACCUCUCCCAUAUACACCCCUCCAGCCCAUCCUCAUUCCCCUGCACCGCCCCCUCAACGCUCAUCCCAACCAAGUGAGGUCAUAGGUCAGCUGAUGCAGGAGGCACAAGACUCGGAUGGGCUGGAAUUUGAAGACGAUCCCUUACUCUUAGUUCUCCGGCAGCAGAGAAAGUGGGUGAAAGAGCAGCUCUGUGAGGUUGACAUGAUGCUGGAAAAAUUCCAUGAAGACUGAUCUACUGUGACCAAGAACAGUGCACUUAAGCACACAAUCAUGUUUAUUAUUGCAAAUCAAUACACUGUGUAUUUAUUUUGUGUUUGCAAAUGGAUACGAAUGUGUUUACACUGUAAAUAAACCAUUUUGGA